AUGACUUCCAAUUACUCCAUCUCCCUCAUCGCAGGGGCGAUAGCUGUUUUUGUUUACACGCUUAGUGUCCUCCGCCGCAAAUGGGCACAGUAUCGCUUCGCCCGUGAGAACAACUGCCAAGACCCCCCGCGGAUCCCCUCCAAGGAUCCCUUCUUCGGGCUGGAUACCACCUAUACCACGAUCCAGAAUGUCAAGGAACACAAAUUCCUCGAGCGGGCGCAGGCCCGGUUCAAUGAAGUCGGCCACACCAUGAAGACCCGCCGCCUCCUCCAAACCAUCAUCCUCACCCGCGACCCCCAAAACAUCAAGACCGUUCUGUCACUGCGCUUCAAGGACUACGCCCUGGGCCAACGUUACAAGACAUUUGGCGACCUCCUCGGCCACGGCAUCUUCACCACCGACGGCGAGCACUGGGCGCAUUCGCGCGCCAUGAUCCGCCCCAACUUCGUCCGCGAGCAGGUCGCCGACCUCGGCAUCUUCGAGGCGCAGAUGGCCGAUCUGCUGGAGUUGAUCCCCAAGGACGGCAGCACGGUUGACCUCCAGGACCUGUUCUUCAGCUACACCAUCGACUCGGCGACCGAAUUCCUCUUCGGCCAGAGCGUGCAGUCGCUGAAGAAGCGCCGCUCCGGCGGCCGCGACGCACACGUCGAGAACGACUUCGCCAGCGCGUUCAACUACGCGCAGCAUGCCAUCGCCACGCGCAUCCGGCUGGGUCCGCUGGCUGCCUUCUACCACGACCGCAAGGUGGAGCGGUGCAAUCGCGUCUGCCACGGGCUGGUGGAGCAGUUCGUCGACAAGGCGCUCGAGGUGCGGGCGCAGGGCCUUGACGAGAAGACGCUCGAGGACGGCGACGGCGAGAAGAAACAGCGCUACGUGUUCCUGCACGGCCUGGCGCAGCAGACGGGCGACCGCCGCCGGAUCCGCGACGAGGUCAUGAACGUUCUGCUUGCUGGGCGGGAUACCACCGCCUCGCUGCUGAGUAACCUCUUCUUCAUGCUGGCCAAGCACCCGCGCAUCUGGGCCAAGCUGCGCGACGAGGUGGCCUCGUUGAACGGCCGGCCGCCGACCUACGAGCAGCUGCGGAAUCUGACCUAUGUCAAGUAUUGUCUGAACGAAUCCCUCCGUCUGCACCCCGUCGUCCCUGGAAACGCUCGCUUCGCCAUCGCCGACACCGUCCUCCCCGUCGGCGGCGGGCCGGACGGCCAAUCCCCUGUGUUCGUCCCCAAGGACGCAAUCGUCACGUACAGCGUGUGGUCGAUGCACCGCCGUGAAGACUUCUACGGCCCCGAUGCGAACGAGUUCCGGCCGGAGCGCUGGGCGGAUCUUCGGCCGGGAUGGGAGUAUCUCCCCUUCAACGGGGGCCCGCGUAUCUGUGUGGGACAGCAGUAUGCGCUUACGGAGGCAGGCUACGUGACUGUCCGGCUGGCGCAGCAGUUUGCGGUACUGGAGAGUCGGGAUCCGGGACCGUGGGAGGAGAAUUUGACGCUGACUUUAUGUUCGAGGAAUGGGACCAAGGUCAGUUUGAGGAAUUAG